CUCUGUCGCUCAUUUAUUAGCAUCAAUGACUAGUUCAUACUCUGAUCUAAAGGAGUAGGGUUAUGUCCCUCCUUUGUUUAUUUGUGAUGCUUUUAUCUCCAAUAUUUUGUAAUGGAAAUCUAUUUGUUGCAAAUUUUAAUUUAUUUAAUUUUUUUUUUAAUUUUUAAAAUAGAAUAGAAUUAAACCGAUGGAUACUCGGUGACAUAUCCAAUACUAUACAAAAGAAGGCGGCUACUAAACCACCAUUUCUUCGUACCGCCGAAAUUUUCAAAAAUUAGUUGCACUUCUUCUCCUCCUCCCCAUUUUCAUGAAGCUCUUCUUCUCAAUUAAACGCCAUUGCAGCUCUUUCAAUCUCAAAGCCACCCAAAUUCCUCGAACCAAAGAAUUCAAAAUCCUCCAAUACUGUAAGUCUGGUGCUCUCAUUGAUGCACUUCACCUUCUUAACUCUCUAGACUCUAAGAAGCUCUCUAACAAGCCAUUUUUAUAUGCAUCUCUUUUGCAAACUAGUACCAAAGUUGUCUCUUUCAAUCAUGGCCUCCAAAUCCACGCUCAUUUAGUAAAAUCCGGUCUUGAGACUGAUAGAUUUGUUGGCAAUAGCUUACUUGCACUGUAUUUCAAGUUGGGGCCUAAUUUCUUGGAGACGAGAAGAGUUUUCGAUGGCCUUUAUUUUAGAGAUGUAAUUUCUUGGACUUCAAUGAUAACGGGUUAUAUUAGAGUAGAAAAACCCAAGAACGCGCUUGAAUUGUUUUGGGAAAUGUUGGGUUUUGGGGUUCAGCCAAAUGCCUUCACAUUAUCUGCUGUGAUAAAGGCUUGUUCAGAUCUUGGGGACUUGAGGCUUGGUAAAUGCUUUCAUGGGGUGGUUAUGAUUCGUGGGUUUGACUCCAAUCAUGUUAUUGCCAGUGCUUUGAUUGAUAUGUAUGGGCGGAACUAUGGGCUAGAUGGUGCACGCAGGUUGUUUGAUGAGUUGCUUGAACCAGACGCUAUUUGCUGGACAUCUGUCAUUUCUGCGUUCACAAGAAACGAUAUGUAUGAUAAAGCUUUGGGAUUCUUUUUUUUGAUGCAAAGGAAACUUGGAUUAGCACCAGAUGGAUUCACUUUUGGGACGGUGUUGACUGCUUGUGGUAAUUUAGGGAGGCUAAAGCAAGGUAAAGAAGUGCAUGCUAAGGUCAUUACAUCUGGAUUUAGUGGAAAUGUGGUUGUUGAGAGUAGUCUUGUUGAUAUGUAUGGGAAAUGUGGGUUGGUCAAUGAAUCUCAACGUGUUUUUGACAGAAUGAAUAUAAAGAAUUCAGUUUCUUGGUCCGCAUUGCUUGGGGGUUAUUGUCAAAAUAAGGACUUUGAAUCUGUUAUUAGGAUUUUUAGGGAAGUGGAAGAGGUUGAUCUCUACAGUUUCGGGACUGUUCUUCGUGCUUGUGCAGGCUUGGCAGCGAUAAAGCAAGGGAAAGAGGUUCACUGCCAGUACGUUAGAAGAGGUGGUUGGAGAGAUGUUAUCGUGGAAUCAGCUUUAGUUGAUCUUUAUGCAAAAUGUGGAUGUGUUGAUUUUGCACGUAGAAUUUUCACAAAUAUGCCUGUUAGAAAUUUGAUAACUUGGAACUCCAUGAUUGGUGGGUUUGCCCAAAAUGGAAGAGGGGGAGAAGCUCUUCAAAUAUUUGACGAGAUGAUUAAGGAGGGGAUUAAACCUGACUAUAUUACUUUCAUUGGACUUCUUUUUGCUUGUAGUCAUGCAGGUUUGGUUGAUCAAGGAAAAAAAUAUUUUAUGUCAAUGACCAAGCAAUAUGGAAUUAAACCUGGAAUUGAGCAUUACAAUUGCAUGGUUGAUCUUCUAGGCCGCGCUGGUUUACUAGAAGAAGCUGAAAACUUGAUAGAGAAUGCAGAUUGUAGUGAUGAUUCAUCUCUUUGGGCAGUUCUUCUCGGUGCUUGUGCAACCUGCACAGACUCUGCUAGUGCAGAGCGCAUUGCAAAGAAAACUAUGGAAUUGGAACCUGACUACCACUUGAGUUAUGUUUAUCUUGCUAACAUCUACAGAGCAGUAGGCCGAUGGGAUGAUGCUGUAAAGAUAAGAAGAUUAAUGAAAAAUAGGGGGGUUAAGAAGAUGCCUGGUAGAAGUUGGAUUGAGUCUAAUAAUAACAUGCAUUCAUAUUUAAAUGCAGAUGAUUUCAUUAUGUCUAUAGACAAUGAUUGAGCACGUGAGUUGGAUCUUGUUCAAUGAUGAAAAGAGCAAUGUAUGGAUAAAUUACUGGAACCAACUGGAAGACUCGAGAAAAAGUUUAAAUCUCUGAGCUUCUCUUGGUCACUAUCGAAAUACUUUGAGGCAUCCAGAAGACCAGAAUGACUGAAGAAUAUUGUUUAUUGAACUCAGGAACUACGAAGGCGGCAGCCACCAUUGAACCCGAGUUAUUGCAGCUGAAUUCCAUGACCACCCAAUUUUCCUUACUGGGAGAUCACUAGGGAAUUCCCAUCUUCUGGUAUUAUCAGAUGAUGCUGACCUCUCCUAUCUCUUCACUGAUUAAUUGAUGGAUUAGGAACACAUUUCCAUAGAUUCUCUUGUAUUGUCCCUUUUGGGGACUCCAACCAAAAGAAAAGAGUCUUCACACAAUAAUUUGCGAGACAACCAAUUUUGGGAUGGAACAUUAUUAUUAUUAUUAUUAUUAUUAUUAUUAUUAUUAUACUAAAACGCACAAUAAUUAACCUAUUUUAUCCUUUUUAUUUAUUUUUUCUUUUAUAAAUCUCAUCUUCUUUUUGUGCCAAUUUUCUACAAUGUUCUUUUAACCUAUUUUACACUCUUCUUCCUUCAUUAUUAUUGAAGGAGGAUGUUGUCCUAAAAUAGUCCAAGAGGAGGGUGAAUUGGACUUUACAAUUUUUCAGCCCUUGCUUAUAGCUUACUGAAAAAUUGUGAUUUUGUUCAACUAGGUGCUCUUUUAUAUAUAUUGUAAAAGUAAUAUAUGUUUCAAUAAUAUGUCCCUAAAUUUCA